AUGCAGAGGAACGUGCAGAGGAACGAACGUGCAGAGGAACCUGCAGAGGAACGUGCAGAGGAACGCACAGUGGAACGUGUAGAGGAACGUGCAGAGGAACCUGCAGAGGAACCUGCAGAGGAACGUGCAGAGGAAUGUGCAGAGGAUCGUACAGAGGAACAUACAGAGGAAUGUGCAGAGGAACCUGCAGAGGAACCUGCAGAGGAACGUGCAGAGGAACAUGCAGAGGAACGUGCAGAGGAACCUGCAGAGGAACGUGCAGAGGAACAUGCAGAGGAACCUGCAGAGGAACGUGCAGAGGAACUUGCAGAGGAACAUGCAGAGGAACGUGCAGAGGACUGUGCAGAGAAACCUGCAGAGGAACGUGCAGAGGAAUGUGCAGAGGAACGUGCAGAGGAACGUGCAGAGGAACAUGCAGAGGAAUGUGCAGAGGAACAUGAAGAGGAACGUGCAGAGGAACCUGCAGAGGAACAUGCAGAGGAACAUGCAGAGGAACCUGCAGAGGAACGUGCAGAGGAAUGUGCAGAGGAUCGUACAGAGGAACAUACAGAGGAAUGUGCAGAGGAACCUGCAGAGGAACCUGCAGAGGAACGUGCAGAGGAACAUGCAGAGGAACGUGCAGAGGAACCUGCAGAGGAACGUGCAGAGGAACAUGCAGAGGAACCUGCAGAGGAACGUGCAGAGGAACUUGCAGAGGAACAUGCAGAGGAACGUGCAGAGGACCGUGCAGAGAAACCUGCAGAGGAACGUGCAGAGGAAUGUGCAGAGGAACGUGCAGAGGAACGUGCAGAGGAACAUGCAGAGGAAUGUGCAGAGGAACAUGAAGAGGAACGUGCAGAGGAACCUGCAGAGGAACGUACAGAGGAACGUACAGAGGAACAUACAGAGGAACGUGCAGAGGAACGUGCAGAGGAACGUGCAGAGGAACCUGCAGAGAAACGAGCAGAGGAACGUGCAGAGGAACGUGCAGAGGAAUAUGCAGAGGAACCUGCAGAGGAAAGUGCAGAGGAACUUGCAGAGGAAUGUGCAGAGGAACGUGCAGAGGAACGUGCAGAGGAACGUGCAGAGGAACGUGCAGAGGAACCUGCAGAGAAACGAGCAGAGGAACCUGCAGAGGAACGUGCAGAGGAACAUGCAGAGGAACCUGCAGAGGAACGUGCAGAGGAACAUGCAGAGGAACAUGCAGAGGAAUGUGCAGAGGAACAUGAAGAGGAACGUGCAGAGGAACCUGCAGAGGAACAGGAACGUGCAGAGGAACGUGCAGAGGAAUGUGCAGAGGAACCUGCAGAGGAAUGUGCAGAGGAACUUGCAGAGGAAUGUGCAGAGGAACGUGCAGAGGAACGUGCAGAGGAACGUGCAGAGGAACGUGCAGAGGAACCUGCAGAGAAACGAGCAGAGGAACGUGCAGAGGAACAUGCAGAGGAACGUGCAGAGGAACCUGCAGAGGAAUGUGCAGAGGAACUUGCAGAGGAAUGUGCAGAGGAACGUGCAGAGGAACGUGCAGAGGAACGUGCAGAGGAACGUGCAGAGGAAUGUGCAGAGGAACGUGCAGAGGAACGUUCAGAGGAACAUGCAGAGGAACGUGCAGAGGAACGUGCAGAGGAAUGUGCAGAGGAACCUGCAGAGAAACGAGCAGAGGAAUGUGCAGAGGAACUUGCAGAGGAAUGUGCAGAGGAACGUGCAGAGGAACGUGCAGAGGAACGUGCAGAGGAACCUGCAGAGAAACGAGCAGAGGAACCUGCAGAGGAACGUGCAGAGGAACCUGCAGAGGAACGUGCAGAGGAAUGUGCAGAGGAUCGUACAGAGGAACAUACAGAGGAAUGUGCAGAGGAACCUGCAGAGGAACGUGCAGAGGAACAUGCAGAGGAACGUGCAGAGGAACCUGCAGAGGAACGUGCAGAGGAACAUGCAGAGGAACCUGCAGAGGAACGUGCAGAGGAACAUGCAGAGGAACAUGCAGAGGAAUGUGCAGAGGAACAUGAAGAGGAACGUGCAGAGGAACCUGCAGAGGAACGUACAGAGGAACGUACAGAGGAACAUACAGAGGAACGUGCAGAGGAACGUGCAGAGGAACGUGCAGAGGAACCUGCAGAGAAACGAGCAGAGGAACGUGCAGAGGAACGUGCAGAGGAAUGUGCAGAGGAACCUGCAGAGGAAUGUGCAGAGGAACUUGCAGAGGAAUGUGCAGAGGAACGUGCAGAGGAACGUGCAGAGGAACGUGCAGAGGAACGUGCAGAGGAACCUGCAGAGAAACGAGCAGAGGAACGUGCAGAGGAACAUGCAGAGGAACGUGCAGAGGAACCUGCAGAGGAAUGUGCAGAGGAACUUGCAGAGGAAUGUGCAGAGGAACGUGCAGAGGAACGUGCAGAGGAACGUGCAGAUGAACGUGCAGAGGAAUGUGCAGAGGAACGUGCAGAGGAACGUUCAGAGGAACGUGCAGAGGAACCUGCAGAGGAACAGGAACCUGCAGAGGAACCUGCAGAGGAACGUGCAGAGGAAUGUGCAGAGGAAUGUGCAGAGGAUCGUACAGAGGAACAUACAGAGGAAUGUGCAGAGGAACCUGCAGAGGAACCUGCAGAGGAACGUGCAGAGGAACAUGCAGAGGAACGUGCAGAGGAACGUGCAGAGGAACGUGCAGAGGAACGUGCAGAGGAACGUUCAGAGGAACGUGCAGAGGAACCUGCAGAGGAACGUGCAGAGGAACGCACAGUGGAACGUGUAGAGGAACGUGCAGAGGAACCUGCAGAGGAACCUGCAGAGGAACGUGCAGAGGAAUGUGCAGAGGAUCGUACAGAGGAACAUACAGAGGAAUGUGCAGAGGAACCUGCAGAGGAACCUGCAGAGGAACGUGCAGAGGAACAUGCAGAGGAACGUGCAGAGGAACCUGCAGAGGAACGUGCAGAGGAACAUGCAGAGGAACCUGCAGAGGAACGUGCAGAGGAACUUGCAGAGGAACAUGCAGAGGAACGUGCAGAGGACCGUGCAGAGAAACCUGCAGAGGAACGUGCAGAGGAAUGUGCAGAGGAACGUGCAGAGGAACGUGCAGAGGAACAUGCAGAGGAAUGUGCAGAGGAACAUGAAGAGGAACGUGCAGAGGAACCUGCAGAGGAACAUGCAGAGGAACAUGCAGAGGAACCUGCAGAGGAACGUGCAGAGGAAUGUGCAGAGGAUGGUACAGAGGAACAUACAGAGGAAUGUGCAGAGGAACCUGCAGAGGAACCUGCAGAGGAGCGUGCAGAGGAACAAGCAGAGGAACAGGAACCUGCAGAGGAACGUGCAGAGGAACUUGCAGAGGAACAUGCAGAGGAACGUGCAGAGGACCGUGCAGAGAAACCUGCAGAGGAACGUGCAGAGGAAUGUGCAGAGGAACGUGCAGAGGAACGUGCAGAGGAACAUGCAGAGGAAUGUGCAGAGGAACAUGAAGAGGAACGUGCAGAGGAACCUGCAGAGGAACGUACAGAGGAACGUACAGAGGAACAUACAGAGGAACGUGCAGAGGAACGUGCAGAGGAACGUGCAGAGGAACCUGCAGAGAAACGAGCAGAGGAACGUGCAGAGGAACGUGCAGAGGAAUGUGCAGAGGAACCUGCAGAGGAAUGUGCAGAGGAACUUGCAGAGGAAUGUGCAGAGGAACGUGCAGAGGAACGUGCAGAGGAACGUGCAGAGGAACGUGCAGAGGAACCUGCAGAGAAACGAGCAGAGGAACAUGCAGAGGAACAUGCAGAGGAACGUGCAGAGGAACCUGCAGAGGAAUGUGCAGAGAAACUUGCAGAGGAAUGUGCAGAGGAACGUGCAGAGGAACGUGCAGAGGAACGUGCAGAGGAACGUGCAGAGGAAUGUGCAGAGGAACGUGCAGAGGAACGUUCAGGGGAACGUGCAGAGGAACCUGCAGAGGAACGUGCAGAGGAACGCACAGUGGAACGUGUAGAGGAACGUGCAGAGGAACCUGCAGAGGAACCUGCAGAGGAACGUGCAGAGGAAUGUGCAGAGGAUCGUACAGAGGAACAUACAGAGGAAUGUGCAGAGGAACCUGCAGAGGAACCUGCAGAGGAACGUGCAGAGGAACAUGCAGAGGAACGUGCAGAGGAACCUGCAGAGGAACGUGCAGAGGAACAUGCAGAGGAACCUGCAGAGGAACGUGCAGAGGAACAUGCAGAGGAACAUGCAGAGGAAUGUGCAGAGGAACAUGAAGGGGAACGUGCAGAGGAACCUGUAGAGGAACGUACGGAGGAACGUACAGAGGAACAUACAGAGGAACGUGCAGAGGAACGUGCAGAGGAACGUGCAGAGGAACCUGCAGAGAAACGAGCAGAGGAACGUGCAGAGGAACGUGCAGAGGAAUGUGCAGAGGAACCUGCAGAGGAAUGUGCAGAGGAACUUGCAGAGGAAUGUGCAGAGGAACGUGCAGAGGAACGUGCAGAGGAACGUGCAGAGGAACGUGCAGAGGAACCUGCAGAGAAACGAGCAGAGGAACGUGCAGAGGAAUAUGCAGAGGAACGUGCAGAGGAACCUGCAGAGGAAUGUGCAGAGGAACUUGCAGAGGAAUGUGCAGAGGAACGUGCAGAGGAACGUGCAGAGGAACGUGCAGAGGAACGUGCAGAGGAAUGUGCAGAGGAACGUGCAGAGGAACGUUCAGAGGAACGUGCAGAGGAACCUGCAGAGGAACGUGCAGAGGAACGCACAGUGGAACGUGUAGAGGAACGUGCAGAGGAACCUGCAGAGGAACCUGCAGAGGAACGUGCAGAGGAAUGUGCAGAGGAUCGUACAGAGGAACAUACAGAGGAAUGUGCAGAGGAACCUGCAGAGGAACCUGCAGAGGAACGUGCAGAGGAACAUGCAGAGGAACGUGCAGAGGAACGUGCAGAGGAACGUGCAAUGGAACGUGCAGAGGAACGUUCAGAGGAACGUGCAGAGGAACCUGCAGAGGAACGUGCAGAGGAACGCACAGUGGAACGUGUAGAGGAACGUGCAGAGGAACCUGCAGAGGAACCUGCAGAGGAACGUGCUGAGGAAUGUGCAGAGGAUCGUACAGAGGAACAUACAGAGGAAUGUGCAGAGGAACCUGCAGAGGAACCUGCAGAGGAACAUGCAGAGGAACCUGCAGAGGAACUUGUAGAGGAACGUGCAGAGGAACCUGCAGAGGAACCUGCAGAGGAACGUGCAGAGGAACAUGCAGAGGAACGUGCAGAGGACCGUGCAGAGGAACCUGCAGAGGAACGUGCAGAGGAACAUGCAGAGGAACCUGCAGAGGAACCUGCAGAGGAACGUGCAGAGGAACGUGCAGAGGAACGUUCAGAGGAACGUGCAGAGGAACCUGCAGAGGAACGUGCAGAGGAACGCACAGUGGAACGUGUAGAGGAACGUGCAGAGGAACCUGCAGAGGAACCUGCAGAGGAACGUGCAGAGGAAUGUGCAGAGGAUCGUACAGAGGAACAUACAGAGGAAUGUGCAGAGGAACCUGCAGAGGAACCUGCAGAGGAACAUGCAGAGGAACAUGCAGAGGAACGUGCAGAGGAACGUGCAGAGGAACGUGCAGAGGAACGUGCAGAGGAACGUUCAGAGGAACGUGCAGAGGAACCUGCAGAGGAACGUGCAGAGGAACGCACAGUGGAACGUGUAGAGGAACGUGCAGAGGAACCUGCAGAGGAACCUGCAGAGGAACGUGCAGAGGAAUGUGCAGAGGAUCGUACAGAGGAACAUACAGAGGAAUGUGCAGAGGAACCUGCAGAGGAACCUGCAGACGAACGUGCAGAGGAACAUGCAGAGGAACGUGCAGAGGAACCUGCAGAGGAACGUGCAGAGGAACAUGCAGAGGAACCUGCAGAGGAACGUGCAGAGGAACUUGCAGAGGAACAUGCAGAGGAACGUGCAGAGGACCGUGCAGAGAAACCUGCAGAGGAACGUGCAGAGGAAUGUGCAGAGGAACGAACAUGA